AUGGGUUCUGAAACAGGAAUCAAAAUUCCUAUCGUUCAUUUAUCCAAAGAAAAAUUGGACCCUGGCUCUAGUGCCUGGCUUGCGGCUUGCAAUGAUAUCCGGCAAGCACUUGAGGAAUUCAGCUUCUUUGAAGUAGUAUACAACGAACCUUCAAUAGAAUUUCACAGUGAAAUUCUAGCGGUACUAGAGGAAUUGUUCAAACUCCCUCACGAAACAAAAAGGAGAAAUACACAUCCUAAGCUCGGCCAUGGUUACAUGGGGAAAGUCUCUGGCUUCCCUGAAGGCAUGGGGAUCGAGAAUGCAACGAAUAAAGAUGAAUGUCAAAAAUUCACAAGCCUUAUGUGGCCCGAUGGAAAUGAAAAAUUCCGUGAAGUCAUUCACUCUUAUGUGAAGAUAGCAUCUGAACUACAUCAAAUGGUGGUGAGGAUGUUGUUUGAAAGCUACGGUAUAAAGAAACACUAUGAGCCUCACAUAAACUCAACAAAUUACCUCCUGCGUCUGCUGAAAUAUGGAAGAUCACAAGGGGAGACUAAUGUUGGUUUUAAGGCUCAUAUGGACAAGACUUUCUUGACCCUACUUUAUCAAAAUCAUGUUAAAGGUUUAGAGAUAAGAACCAAGGAAGGAGAGUGGAUUACAUACCAGCCUUCUUCUCUUUCUUCAUUUGCAGUCAUUGCUGGCGAUGUGUGCAUGGCAUGGAGCAAUGACAGGAUAAAAUCUUCUUACCAUCGAGUGAUUGUAAGCAGCGAAGAAGACAGAUAUGCACUGGGGUUAUUUACAUUCCUAGAUGGGGUGGUAGAAGCACCAGAGGAGCUAGUCGAUGAUGAACACCCGUUACAGUACAAGCCCUUUGACCAUCAGAAGCUUCUUGAUUUCUAUCAAUCAUACAGUGAUCCAAAUAAACGUGACUGCAACAUUAUGAAAUCCUAUUGUGGUGUUUAA